GACAGGGUGCACCGCGUAGUGGCGAAUUCGAGCACAGAGGUGGUCCUUGAGUACAAGGAGAAGUCCAGGCAUUCCUCGAACAAGAUCCCGCUGCAGCUGCAAAAAGGACCCAGGCAGUUGAGUAAGGUCCCACAGACGGAGCGGCCGAUACUGGCAGAUGAUGUUGACCCUGUACCGGUCAAUCCGUUCAUUACAACUGAUGGCGAUGUUUACCUAGAAGGCUGGAGUCAGAGCAGCGCUGCGCCGGUGACUACGCUCAUCGCAGGUACUCGCGAUGCGAACGCGGGUCUCUGGAGUCAGAACAGCGGUGUGCAAUCAUCGGCUCUCCAAUCAUCGCCCGGUUUCUCCGACACGUCAUACAUUUCCGAAGCAUCCGGAGCAUUUCCACAUACUCUCGUCGACGACAAUUCACGCCACUAUACAUCGGAAAAGAUGCCGACAUCACCUUCCCACGGGCCCGCUUCUCCCGUGAUGAUCGCCACACCACUCGACAAUAUCCUUUCCAAGCAGGAGCUUGAGAAGAAGCCUUCGCGUGUGUGGUCGGGUGUGAAGCUCUAUAUCGACUAUGUCGCUAGUUUCCUGGUACUUCUGAACACCGUGACCAUGCUCAUAGAGCUUCAGGUGGAAGGGGCCUAUGUGGGCCAUGAUCUUGGGGUCGCGGAGGUCAGCGUUCUGGCGCCAUCGCUUCCAGCGAUGAGGGUCUUGCACAUCAUCUUCAUGUUCAUGUUUGUACUGGAGUGGUUCCUGCGCAUUGGCGUGGAGAAGCGGGCCUUCGUGAGAGAUUAUGCCAACUGGUUCGACACCCUGAUGGUUCUGCUCAGUGUUUUUGACAUCUACUUGACGCUGGCCUCAGUUCAGAGCGACGGAGCUCGACAAAGUGUCAUCAUCCUUCGUCUUAUGAGAGCUCUCAAGUCUUUGCGAGCGAUUCGGAUCGUUCGGAGCUUGCGCCUCUUUCAAGGGCUGAGGGUGCUGGUGAAAGCCUGCACAUGCUUCCUCCCAUCGCUUUGUUGGUCUAUGGUCCUACUGGGCAUUUUCAUGUGCCUGGGAGCUUUGAUGAUGGGAAACCUGCUGCAGAGUUACAUCCAGGAUGACAUGCAGCCACUAGAGGACCGAGAGUGGAUGUGGGAUCGCUACGGGACCGCCUAUCGCGCCUGGUACACUCUCUUCGAGAUUACUUUUGCGGGGAACUGGCCCAGCAAUGUCCGCCCUGUCCUGCAAAACGUCAGCCAUGCCUUCGUGAUCUUCUUUGCGCUGUAUAUUACAGUGGUGGUCUUCGCGAUCAUCAGGGUCAUUGGGGCGAUCUUCCUCAAAGAGACUCUCGACGCGGCACAGAACGAUGCAGAGCAGCUGGUGAAAGAUAGGAUGCGGAUGAAGGCAGAGCAUGUUCAGAAGCUGGAGUCUGUUUUCAUGGCUAUCGAUGAUUCCGGGAACGGAAUGAUCACGGAGGAGCGGCUGCGAGACAUCCUUUCAAGACCCGAGGUGGCAGCGUAUUUCCAGACUCUUGAUCUGGAUGUGCACGAGAGUGCAGCACUCUUCCACCUCCUUGAUAAUGGUGAUGGUGAGGUAACUUUGGACGAAUUCAUUGAUGGAAUUAUGCGGUGCAAGGGAACGGCGAGGGCCAUCGACCAAGUGUCCAUGCACGCCGACCUCAAGCAGGUUGAGAAAAAACUCAACAAGCUCAUCCGCAUGAUGAGG